UCAAUUAAUUGAGUAAACACAGUUAACCAUAAAAGGAUAAAUUCACUAUUUCGGGGCAAAUGCAAUUUGAACUUGCUAUAUUAGUGAAAUUACGCACAACAGUUGGUUAUUCCAGUUUAUUUAAAUUAAAGGACCACCUCUCUCAACAAUAGAAGCGCAAAGAGCGUAUCUGUACGAAGGGCGCAACAAUUUCAGCGGGCAGGGUGCAGUCACGAACAAAAGGCAGGCAGCAAGGAGAAAAGCAAGCAAGCAAACGACGACGGCGUGCAUUUGAGACAGCAAAAAAAUGACAGACGAGUGUAUAACAAAAAACAUUGUUUUGUGCUUUGGAAACGGAAAGAGCAACAACUCUAUUGGUGAUAAGACGGAUGCACAGGGCUGCUCGGAGAACAAUAAAGGCGGUGCAGUUGGUGGUGCAGUCGUUGCGAGCCAUCCACCACAAGCCAAUAAAUAUGUGGCUCGUAUGCCGGUAGAUCGCUAUGCCAGCGAAUAUAAUAUGAAUCACAAGAACCGCGGGAAAGCUUUAAUAUUUAAUCAUGAGUUAUUCGACAUACCUUCCUUGAAGGCCCGCUCCGGCACUAAUGUGGAUUGCGAGGAACUACGCAAAGCGCUGAAGCGCCUGGACUUCGACGUUUCAGUGCACAAGGAUUGCAAGUUUCGCGAGAUUCUGGAGCACAUAGAAAAAGCGGCAUCGCACGAUCACAAUGAUAACGAUUGUAUUGCUAUCGCUAUAUUGUCGCAUGGCGAACACGGCUAUAUCUAUGCCAAGGAUGUUCAAUACAAACUGGACAAUAUUUGGCAUUAUUUUACAGCACACAAUUGUCCGUCGCUGGCCGGUAAACCGAAAAUGUUUUUCAUUCAGGCUUGCCAAGGCGAUCGACUGGAUGCGGGCGUUAUGCUAGAGAAAAAUGUGACUGAAACGGACGGCGAGUCCUCAAUGAGCUAUAAGAUACCUAUACAUGCAGACUUUCUCUUCUCAUACUCCACCAUACCAGGUUAUUAUUCCUGGCGCAAUACCUCUAACGGCUCAUGGUACAUGCAGUCGCUCAUUCAAGAGUUGAACACAAAUGGCAAGAAGUACGAUAUGCUGACGCUGCUCACCUUCGUUAGUCAGCGGGUUGCGGUGGAUUUUGAAUCAAAUGUGCCGUCUACGCCAAUAAUGGAUCGACAGAAGCAAAUUCCAUGCGUCACAUCAAUGCUUACUCGCAUACUGCGCUUUACCGACAAAAAUACCGGUAGUAAAGCUGGUUAAUUUAAUCAUCUUUGUCGAUUAGUGGUAAACCCCCCCUAAAAUAAGAAAACGCCUGAUUCUCAUCGCGCACAGCAAUUCUUUCGACAUUCACAUUGGAUUCCAUUUUACUUUAAGUAUCCAGUUAUAAAUAUUGAUGUAGAUUAUCAUCAACACCUAAUUUUUCAGACUCAUGUACUCGUACUUUAUUGUUGACUUAAUAUGUUUUUGUCAAACAAAAAUUCUUAUUCCUAUACUCAUUUAUAUUUAUGUUUUAUAUAUUAAUAAUUUACUUGCCAAUUGUAUUCACGCUGAAG